GGGAAAAUCCAUGUCCAACCCAAUCCGAGCCUUAUAAAAUGUCUCUAGCUGGCUGAAGACCUUAUGUGUCUGAACUGAGUGAACCUGACAACUUUAUAAUCAUGAAGCUUCUUGCUGUGUUGGUGUUGGUUUUGGUGGUCGAGACCCAGGCGCAAUGGCACCAGUACCCAGGACAAGCCAUUGGAGGUGCCAAGGACAUGUGGCGUGAUUACCAGGAUAUGAGGGAGGCCAACUGGAAAAACUCAGACAAGUAUUUUCAUGCACGCGGCAACUAUGAUGCUGCAAGUAGGGGCCCCGGAGGCAGAUGGGCAGCCGAAGUGAUCAGUAAUGCAAGAGAGGCUGUGCAGGGAUGGGGUGAUUCGGGCAAAGGUAAAGAGGAUUCUGAAGCUGACCAGGAAGCCAAUCGCUGGGGACGUAACGGCGGUGACCCCAACAAAUACAGACCGAAAGGCCUUCCCGAAAAAUACUGAAAAGAAGAUCAUCAGUGCAACAGAAAAAUGGAUUAAAUCAUUUUACUGUAAUACUGAUGACUCAAUUUUGCAAUAAAAAGCAAAAAACAUUUCACCUUUUUACUACAUCUUAACAAUUAUCUUUAAUUAAAUCUGCAUUUAUGACAUGACAAAUGCAAAUCUUUUAAGUUUUAGCAUCAUCAGUGUCUGAAUAAAGCAUGCAAAUUAAUUUGCA